UGCUGAAAGUUAGAUGUUCAAGGGUCAAAUGACGAGAAAAUUAACGAAAUUAUUAAGCUUAUAGUACGCCUAACCGGCUCUGUUUUGAUAUGUAGGAUAUCCGACUUCCUCAUUUGAUAGCGUUUAUCAACUUGUAUAAACUCACGUUCAUGUAGGGAAAAAAGCCACAAAGCUCAGCCUUUUUUUGAAAAUUUCAGCAAAAAAAAAAUGAAAUCAAAUAUUGCGACGAAUGUUUUGUUCGUAUUGCUGGCAUUUAAUGGAAAAUCCAAUCCUAGUAUUCAUGCAGCUACAAAACAAAUUUAUGACACGUUCUCAUUUCUAUGCCAAGAUCAAAUGGUUAAAGUUGGCUCAAACAUAUACCAUUUGGAUCGAUUGAAUUCAUCAUUGAAAUCGGAGUUUUUCGAGAAAUUAUUCACCUCCGAAGAUUUUAAACGGAAAAAUGAUCCAAUUUUAGAAAUACAGCCCCUCAAUAGUGAAGUAUUCCCUGCAAUACUUGAAAUAAUUCACGGAAAAGAAAUACAGUAUGUUAUAAACAAGGAUAACUAUCUUUCAUUAUUGAAGGAAUUAAAUCAUUUCGGCAUGAGAAUAGAUCUGCAAAUUUUUAGUAGCUUUAUCGACUACGAUUUAGAAUCUUGUUCGCCUCAAGAGGCGAAAAUAUUCGAAUUGUACACUUUCAUUCUUCAGAAUAGCCAGUUCGAGUAUUUAUCCAGGAGUGUUUUGAAAUACUUGUCGAAUCACUUGGAUGCAUUACAAAAUCACGAAAUACUUUCGUCUGAAGUGCCGGCCGAUCACCUCGUUCAAUUAAUUGAAAACGUUAAUCAUCCGAAUGAAAGCGCAAGAUAUCGGGUUGUUCAAAUUUGCUCAGAAUGGCUCUGUCACGAUAUGAAAAAUAGACUUCCACACAUGGCAGAACUAGUGAAAAAGACUAAAUUAUUACAUCGUGACUCGGAAGAAAUGUACUCGGAUUUCAGCAAAUGUUUACCUUCGUGCGACCUAGAUAAGCAGGCGAGACGAAAAAUGAUUUCUACGUGUUUUUUUGCACUGGUGGCCAACGGUGGCAGAUUUUACCCUACAACAACCAAAGAGUAUACCUCCGACAAUUAUAACGAAUAUCCUUCAGAAGAUUCAAAUGAUGAAAGUGAAACUGAAAAUGAGCAAUACAAUGGAUAUUGUGUAGCAAAUGAUCGAAAUGACUGUGUCAAGUUGAAUGAAUUCCGAAAGAAUGGAGAUUUGUACGACAUCACGGUUCGAGUUGGAGAAAAAACAUGUAAACUUCAUCGGCGUAUUUUAGAAUCAAAAUCUGGAUAUUUUAGAGAUAUAUUCCGAGCAGAGUAUUCUGACGCAGUCGCUCAGUUUGAUGAAACUCCUAAAACUUGUCCAAGCAAAGAUGAGGAAUACAUAAUCAGUGAUGAAAUCGAUCCAUCAACGUUUGAAGAGGUAAUAAGCUCUCUAUACGGGUAUGAGAAUCUUUAUGCAAUAUUCAACAGAUUUGAAUACAAAUGGGAUAAAAUUGUAAAAUUUUUAAAAACCGCCCAUUCUUUAAAACUCGGUGAAUUAUUACAAGAUUGUGUACACAAUUUGAACGAGGAGUACUGGAGAGCCAAUUUGCAAGAUGUUGAGCAGUUUUUGAAUUUUGCCCAUGGAAAACCAGAAUAUGACAAUUUGUAUGUUAUUCAUUUAAGCAAACAUUUGACUAAAAACUGGCCUAAUAUCGGCAACAUGUCGCAAAUUGGUUACAUUUCAUUGCCUAUGUUGAAGGAAAUGCUGAAUUCGUGGUAUUUUCGACUCAACGAUCCGCAUAAAAUCGUGGACAUAUGUUCGAAAUGGACGUGUCAUGAUGUGAAGGGUCGAUACCAAUAUUUACCUCAAAUCGCCAGAGUUAUAAAUCCUCUUUGUGCGGUAGAAGAUGACGAAUAUACAACUGACCCUGUAGCAGAAUUCAACACUUCACCAGAGAAGUUUGUUCGAGACAAAUUAUGGAAAAUUCUGUCGUCACUUUCUUACAAUAUUUAUUCGGAAAAACACUUUAAAAAUGCGUCGAGGAAACUGGAAGAAAUUCCGGUGUUUAUCUCAGUAGUACAGAGAGAAAAUGAAAUAGAUGUACUUAAUGCCGAUCUAGAUGUUAUCACAUCAAUUAAUGAUUUUGGACGCAUCCACUUAUCUUGGAGAAGAUCAGUAGGACAGGAUAAACCACUUUCGGCAACUCUUAUAAAUGAUAUUUUAUUUAUUCUUUGCAACUUAGGAGAUUCUUACAAGUUUAUGGCUUACAAUUUUUUUCUGAAAACGUGCAUUCAACUGCGCAGCGAUCUUCCUAGCCCUGGUUGGAGUGGGUACGUCCCUUACUACACCCUCUUGAAUUGCAAUAACGAAAUUUAUGGUUGCUCAAUUUAUGGCCAAAUAGCAAAAUAUUCGAUGCAAUUUGACCUCUGGACGACACUCAUAAAAGAGGAUCCGCUGGUAUAUUCGUAUAUUGAAAAUGUACAUUACACAAGUGAUGGGAAAACGCUUUAUAGGAUAUAUGGAAUUGAUCGGUACUAUGUGCAGGGGAUGGAUUUUGCAAAGAAUUCCUGGGAUCAUGUGCCAGGUUCGCCUUUAACAAAAAAUUUCAACAGUGUUCCUAUUCGUUUCAGUAUGAUAAACGAUCGAGAUUUCAUUAUACUUGCCUAUGGGAAAAUUAUGACAUCCAACCGCGAUGUUACAGGUGAGGAAUGGCAUUGGAGUUAUCGCGAGGUACCAAAGAAAACUGUACGCAGCAUUGCGCCGUAUGAAGAUAAAUUGCUGGUAUUAACUAAUGAUGAAUUUUACAGCUAUUAUCCCAACAACGGAAGUUUUGUAUUCAAGAAGACAAUCGCAACAGAUUUGCUUCUUUAUAGUACUCAUCAUAUUGUGCCUAUAGAUAGACACGUACUUAUCAGUGUUGGCACGCAGGUGAGAAAUUCUUCAUCAUCGUGAAAAUGUGCUUCACUAAUCAUUCCAACAGGUUUCUGUAUAUCAAUUCACUCCCACACUGAAUGUUCAGUUUUCCGAUACCUAUCUAUUUAUGUUAUUGAAUUUAGGUACCUACAUGUCAAUUAAAAUCCAUCAACGCAAACAUUUUUUAAUAGUUUUCUUU